AUGGAAGAAGAAAUAGACGUAGACACUAUAAAGGCAACGCAAUUAUCCCUGGGAAGAUUUGUAAAACGACCUCCCCUAACCGAAAAAUUAUUAAGGAAACCACCAUUUAGGUUUUUACAUGAUAUCAUAACUGCGGUACUGAAAAGCACUGGAUUUUUCGAAGGACUUUUUGAGGCGGAAGAAUUAACAUCUGAUAAUGUAAAAGAUAGAGAAAGUAAAAUUAAUUUUCUGAAUAAGGUGAUAACAGUGUUAGGUCUUGCCACUGGGAAAACAUUGGCAGUAAAACCUUCAAAAAUAAUUGCUGGCCAAGAACCAGCAAAAACUAAUGAAUUACUUCAAUGUCUUGGCCAAGCUUUAGAAAAAAAAAUAUCGUCACAUGAAGCUGUAAAAAAAUUCAAAGAAAAUUUUAAGUCUCAACCUUUACAUGAUAAAAAAAAUAAAGAUGCUGUAAAAGGUCUUAAGAAAAAUCAAGAUAUCAAAAGAAAUGCUGAAGAAACAAAAGGUGCUGAUAGAUUACCCACUAGUAAAAAUGAAAAGACAAGUUCCAAGUUACAAGUAAAGGAUGCCACAAAAAUUAAGGAUAAUAGUCCACCUAAAAAGAUUCUUAGUACAACAAAUGUGAAGGAAAGUCUGAGUAAAAAUCAACGAAACCCACAGAAAUCUCAAUUGAAUGGAAAAAUUAAGCAGAAGACUUUAUCAAAUAUGUCUCACAGUAAUGAUUUAAAGGAAAAAAACGAAAAACCUAAAAAUGUAGAUAGCUCUACUACUGUGAAUAUUGAAAUAAAUGAAGAAAAUUAUACUGAAGCCCUUGUAAAUGAUGAGGAAAUGUCGCAGGUACAAAAAACUAACAGUGAACAUGAUGAGAAAAUUGAUUUUGUGGAGGAUGUGGAACUCAAAACUACUUUAUCUGAAAACCCCAUUUUAGAAAAUAUGGAUGUCGAAAAAAAUAAUGAGCAGAAUCAAUAUAAAGGUCUUGAGAAUAUUUCAGUUGACCCAGAAAAAGGUAAAAUCACUGAAAGAAAAGUAAUUAAUACUGAUAAUACAAAUCAAAAGAAUCAUGAGAUUUCAAAUCCAUCAAGUACAAUGUCUUUGGAAUUAAAUAAUACAAAAAUAGUUGAAAAAAGACCUCAAAGUGUAAGGCCACCCUCGUCUAGACCAGGUGCACCAAGAGUUAAAGAUAAACAUGACUCUGGAAACCAUGAAACUCUCAUUGUACAUAAAGUAAACAUAAUAUCCGAAAACACAGUAACAGAAGAGGAAGAAGACAGCAGUAUAGUGAUUGUGGAUAAUCAAGUAGAUUCCUUGCUACAAAAUGAAGAAAAAAUGAAUUUGUCUUCAGAUCUGCAUGGUCAUUUAGUGCAACAAAUAUUAGAUUCUCAAAAAGAGUUUUCACAAGUUACAGGGAAGACUGAAAUUGAAUGGCAAUUUGGAGUGCAAAAGGCUAGAGACGUUGUGAACCAAGAAAUCGAACAAAUGAGGUUCAAUGUGCAAGCUCUGUCGCGUAUUAGUAAUCCUCUCGGGAAGUUGAUCGAUCACAUUCAAGAAGAUGUCGAAGUAAUGCGCCAGGAGCUACAAGAGUGGACAAGGAAAUAUGAAGAAACUGCUGAAGAGCUGUCCAAGCAGAAAAUCGCUCACGCAGGAUUUCUACACCCGCUUCAAGCAAAAAUAAAGCAACUGGAUGCAGAUAUUGAAGACAAACUGGACAAAAUUAAUGAUCUCAGGAUUGCAGUUUUUAAGAAUUAUUAUAGAAUCGAAAAACUGCUGGCAAGUGAGAAUGUGCAA